AGGUGUGGCCGGGAAGGUGCGCUGAGGCUGGAGUUGGAGGCGCGGCGCCUGGGAGACUGGUACUUUACCUGUUUAUGAGCCCCGUGUUCAGAACUGUGAUGGAACUCCCUCCUCUUGCAAGGUUGCUUCCCUCCACCUCUUGAGCUCCUUCCCAGUCCCACACAACCUAUUGGACCUCUACACCAUCAAAGUUACCGAUUAUUCCUUAGACUGGGCUUAAAAGAUUUAAACAAUCUCUGACAACUCAUUCAAUUCCUAUUAGGUGGCAGACGUUUCGCCUCCACGAAGUUCUCAACAGAUGGAGAAAGUCAGUAGAUAGCAAAAGAAGGGGAGUGAUUGGAGUGGUCAGAGCAAAUGGCAAUCUUUAAAACAGAUAUUGAAAGAAAUAAGAAAAAAAUGUUUAAAACUAAUUUGUUUUCAUAGUGAAAUUGAUGAGGACAUUGCAACAGUUUUUCUUUUAAUGGAAAAAUAAUCUGAAGAAAACUUUCUUAGGAAAAACGCCAUUGCCAAAUUAAUACAGCAGUAUCAGUGAGCUGCAGAUGAGAUAUGCCAAAAGUUAAACCAGCUCAAAAAAUUUUAUGAGAACUCAGAGGGAAAAUAUAAUAGAAACUAUUGAGAGGUAAAGGUACGAGAUAUGGAGAAUGGAUCCAGAAAACUAAUAAUCAAAUAUGAGUCCAGAAGGUGAUAACAGAACUGACUGAGGAGGAGCAAUAAUCAAAUAUAUAAUAGAAGAAAAUUUACUCAGUUGAUGGAAAAUUUGGAUUUAAGACUUAAAUUCAACCCUCAGAUUUAGAAGGUUCAUGAAAUACCAGGUAGAAAUAAGUGAAAAGACAACUAUAUUUAGACCUGUAUCGCAAUGAAAGCUGAGUUUAAAGAAUUAAAAUAUGUGCUGAUAUAUUCAAGAUACAUUGUUAAUUUUUUAAGCCAAUUGCAGAACAAGAUAUAGAGUAUGGUUCUGUCUGAGUGCAGCAAAACCAUUUAUUGCAUAUGUAAAUUUCUAUAUAAAUACAUCAAAAAAGAUGUGGAAGAAUACAUACAGAACUUUUUAAAAUGGUUAUCUUGGGAAUUCCCUGGCAGUCCAGUGGUUAGGACUGCAAGCUCUCACUGCCAAGGGCCCGGGUUCGAUCCCUGGUUGGGGAACUAAGAUCCCACAAGCUGCACAGCGCGCACAAAUAAAUAAAUAAAUAAGUAAAAAGAAUGAAAAUUAAUAAGCUACGUAUUCAAUAAGGGUAGAAAAAGAAAAUAAAAAUAGAAGGAAGAAAUAAAGAUAAAAUCAGAAAUAAUAAAGGAAAAAGAACAGCACUUGAUAAAUUGAAGCACUCAUUCUUCAGAAAUAGACAUUAAAAUAGACACAUUUCUGGCAAAAAAUUUUGAAAAUUCAAGAUAUCCUACCAAAUGCUUCAUAGGUAAUGCAAACUUAGCUCAUCAAAUCUCUGAUUUUCCCCUAAAAUAUUUGUUUCUUUGCCAGCCUUAUAUCUCAGUAAAUUAUACCACCAUCGAAGUCAAAACCCAAGAGUUAUCCUUGACACCUCCGUCUCUCUCAGUCCCCACAUUCAAUCCAAUAUCAGGAUAUGUCUCUUCUAUAUCUGUAGUGGUGACAUAUGGAGUUCAUCACCUCAACAUUUUCACCUUCCUUUUCUCUUGAAAACUGUCCCUUACUCUCACUCAGAAGUACUUUCUCUUUUCCUUUUUCUGUCUAUUUCCUUUUUUCCUUUCUUUCCUCUUUUACUCCCUUCAUUUGCUCCUAUUUUUCCCUCAGGUGCAGAGAUUUGAGGCAGUCCUGCUGUUCAGUUCACAUUAUCAUCAACAAGGCCUUUCUCAUUUUAUCUUUUUUUCCUUCAUUCCAAUUCCCAGUCAUGUUCCUUCCCUCUUCCUUCAGUAGCCACUCUAAUGUGUUUGAUAUAUGUCCUUGGAUAUACAUGUAUCUUUGAAUAAUAUAUAGUAUUGUUUUAUAUAUGUAUGUGUUUUAAAUGUACAUAUUUGAUAUUGUGUUAUAGAAAUCAUUGUUUCAUGUUUCUGUAAAUACUUCUAUUGCAUAGCAUUGUCUUAAAUGACCUCACACCCUUGGCCACUGGUCCUGGGCCUAGAUGGGCCAAUCAGAGUCCCUACCCAGAAUUUUUUUUAACUGAAACUAAGAAAAAAAGAAAAUCCCUCUCCAGUUUGGAAGCCGUAAAAUGUAAAACACAGGAGCUGUCAGCAGCCAUGUGUCCUGCCAUGCGGAACCAGCUGGUCUGCAGUGAAAAGAAUGAAGCCGACAUGCAGAAAGCAGCAGAGAACCAUGUGUGAUCAGUACUGCAUCUCCUUUGCUGAUGUUGAGAAAGCACAUAUCAACAUUCGAGAUUUUAUCCACCUCACACCAGUGCUAACAAGCUCCAUUUUGAAUCAAGUAACAGGGCGCAAUCUUUUCUUCAAAUGUGAACUCUUCCAGAAAACUGGAUCUUUUAAGAUUCGUGGUGCCCUUAAUGCAAUCAGAGGCUUGGUUUCUGCCACUUCAGAAGAGAAGCCCAAAGCUGUCGUUACUCACAGCAGUGGAAACCAUGGCCAGGCUCUCUCCUAUGCUGCCAAAUUGCAAGGGAUUCCUGCUUAUAUUGUAGUGCCCGAAACAGCUCCCAACUGUAAAAAAUUGGCGAUACAAGGCUAUGGAGCCUCUAUAGUAUACAGUGAACAAAGCGACGAGUCCAGAGAAAAUGUUACAAAAAGAAUUGUGGAAGAAACAGAAGGCAUCAUGGUACAUCCCAACCAGGAGCCUGCAGUGAUAGCUGGGCAAGGGACAAUUGCCAUGGAAGUCCUAAACCAGGUUCCCUUGGUAGAUGCACUGGUGGUACCUGUAGGAGGAGGAGGAAUGGUUGCUGGAAUAGCAAUUACAGUUAAGGCUCUGAGACCUAGUGUCAAGGUAUAUGCUGCUGAACCCUUGAAUGCAAAUGACUGCUACCAGUCCAAACUGAAAGGGGAACUGACCCCCAAUCCCUAUCCUCCAGAAACCAUAGCAGAUGGUGUCAGAUCCAGCAUUGGCUUAAACACCUGGCCUAUUAUAAGGGACCUCGUGGAUGACGUCUUCACUGUCACAGAGGAUGAAAUUAAGUAUGCAACCCAGCUGGUGUGGGAGAGGAUGAAAUUGCUUAUUGAACCUACAGCUGGUGUUGGAGUGGCCGCUGUGCUGUCUCAGCAUUUUCAAACAGUUUCCGCAGAAGUAAAGAACAUUUGUAUUGUGCUCAGUGGUGGAAAUGUAGACUUAACUUCCCUAACUUGGGUGAAGCAGGCUGAAUAAGCCAGCUCUUUAGAAAUCUGUUUCUGUUUAAUAUGUGCAAAAGGAAGAAAAGGGAUUCAGUGUCUAAACACUUGGAAAUUUUGUCUCCUGGUCAUUGUCAACUUCCUAUCUUCCCCUCUUAAAGAGCUUUCAAAAUCCUAAUGGAGAAUGUAUACUUCAGUAAGUUUUAAUAGUUUUUUGGACUAAGUUGCAGUAGAAAAACACCCAUACUUAACUGAGAUACCUUGUCAAGGCCAAGAAAAGUCUUCUGCUAAAAGGAGCAGCAGACCUUAAGUAGGCUUAAGUAGAAAACAUAAACUGCCCAAUCACAACCUACAGGCUCCCAACCCUAGAGUGCUAACUAGUAGCAAUGAGACAGACUCCCACUGAAUCCAUUAUUCCAUGUCCAUUUCAGGCACUGUUGAAGAAAUCUCACUUUUCACCCAAGGUACUGGUUCUGGUACAUAUGGAUCAUAAGUCCAUUUGGGGAAAACUCUUUUAUAGAGGUUCAUCAGUACUGUGUCCUGAGAUUUUAGCUUCCCAUCAAAACUGCACUUCAUGUGGCCGUGAGUACCUACAAAGAAAACAGCACGAGUUGGUCAAAUUCAAGAGGAAAUUUUAAAGCAGUGGUCUAACCCAACAGUCAUUUAGUAGCACUGGGGAAAUCUAGACAAGAUCCCAAAUCCCACAUUCUCUCACCUAAAGGCUCCUUGAUGUGUCCCCUACGGCCCCACUUUGUUCUCAGUUCCACCGGUUUAAACCACAGCACAUCCUCUUAGAAUCAAACACACAGAAGACCAAGAUGAAACAUUUAUCCAUAAUAUAUAAAUCCAACCUUCAUCCCACAAAGGCAAUUGGAUCCCAUCUGUCGCACCUACCUCUGUUGAAGAACAUGUAACGCACCACUGCCAUCUUAGUAAAAAUUUUGAAAGGAUGACCACUCAGAACAACUCUCUUGAUGACCACUCUGUCUGGAUCCACUGACAAUAGAUAGCCUGUGGCAAUGAGGCUGUGCAUUCCUAAGGGGCAAAAGCAGGGCAGCAGAAGUCCAUAGGUCAAAGCCUUCAUUUAUUGUCCAGUCCAUUUAAAGACCUAUGCGAGAUCUUAGGGAAACAAAAUAGGGGUGUACUAUGCUGCCCCUCCUGGGUUCAUGGCAAAGAUCACUAAGUGAUAUUCCUGCUGAGCCUAUCCUCAGAACCUACCCUAAAACAGCACUCUGAGCAGCCUCUACCAAUUAGCUAUGGUUUGCAAGCAAGAUAAAACCCCAUUUGUCAUCCUUGCCUCAGACCCAAUAUGAGGCUGAGAUUGGGAUAUUUUGAAAAUCAUCAUUACCUUUUUUGUGCCAUUUGGCCCCCAAAUUUAAAUACAGAAAGCAGUUAAUCUUACUAAGAACCCACAGGCCUAUUCACCUCUGGGAACUCAACUUACCAUUGCUGUUCUGUUUGAAAAGCAGCACAGAUGCAGGAGGAAAAGUGAUAGGGGCAUAUACUGUCACCACCAGAGCCGAGGCAGCAGUCAGGAAUCUCUGAAAUUUAUGUUUAUCCGCUGCCAUAAAGGUUAAAAAAAUAAAAACCAAAAAAUAUUUUGAGAAACAAUAGGUAAUCCAGAGGCCUGUGAAAAGCGGUAUCACUGCAACUCUUAAACCUAAGGCAACUAGUGUUUCUUUAUCCCACUAAUUCUCCAAACAUUUUCUGGCCUCAAUACAACUGAAAGAUACAACCCAAUCCUAUCAGUGAUUUUUCAACUGGGGGCAGAAUCUUGGAGCUUAAACUAUAUUUUGGAGUUGGAAAAAGUUCUCCAGGUGAUUCUGAUACACAUCACCCCUACCUCAUUUGAGAACCAGUGCUUUACAGAAAAACACUUCACUAAUUCAACAGCUCUUAGUCUUGAGCAAGGAUUGGCAAACAUUUUCUGUAAAUGGGCAGAUAGUAAAGAUUUUAGGCUUUGUGGCCAUAUAGUCUCUGUUCCAACUACUCAGCUCUCCCUGUAGCACAAAAACAGCCACAGACAUUUUUAAAAAAUUAAACAAGAAAGCACAACUGUGUUCCAACAAAACUUUACUUAACAAAACAAGCAGUGGGACAGAUUUGGCCAAGGGCCAAACUUUACUAAUCUCUUCUUGGGGACUAUCUAGAUCUUGUCUUUACCUUCAACAGAAACCCUUUUUAAUACAGUAUUAACCCUUUUUAAUACUGAAUGUUAUAGGGAAACAAAAUAUUUUAAGGGAAAGAGAAAUCACUCCUUCAUUUAGACAGCAUGGCUGGUGAGAAAAGAAUUAUCCAGAGCAUCCAUUAAUGCUGCCUUUAUCCCCUUCCUCCGGUCACUGCUGAGAGCUGAGAGUGUAGGUAAUGUUCAGAAGCCCCCAAGUUAAUGCAAACAUCUUCCCACUCCUAAUACGUAAGAGCACAAUCAUUUUUUGUCAUAAAAGUAUUCCUGGUCACCACUCUCUAAAUUCUCAUGCAGUCUCAACAUCUCAGAAGCCACACACUCUGCUUUAUCCAACUGAGGGCACCCCUAGCCUUCACCCACACGGCCACUGGCACAACGGAUGCCAAGGGUUCCAUGACACAUCAUCUCUAGGAAGCAGCCAACUCCUAUCCAAAACCUCCUCUGCAGCAAAUACUCAUGGCAGAGAAGCCUCAGCACCACACAGAGGUUGCAUCACUGGGAUGCUUCAGACAGGUUCAGACACUUUGAAUGGAAACAUCAUUGGCUCCUAAACCAGAGUACUGAAAAUACCUCUAAGCCAGAGACUGAGAGUUUGAAAUGGUGUAUUCUGCAUCUCUCCCCAAAUCUCAGUCCCCUAAAAGACAGCAAGAUGGACAAGAACCCAGAAGCUUCCCUACUGCUUACCUGCAGUGUGCUGAGAGAAUAAAGGGGAGGCUCGGAAGCGCCUGAAUCCACAGUGGAAGAUCAGCUCCUCUUUAGCUUUCACAGGUUCAGUGCUGCCAGCGUGCCGGCUCACCACCAUAUUAAGUACUGACAUCUGGGGACCAAAUAGGAAAACAGAACUUCAUAUCAGGAAUAGAACAGCCUAACCCGCAAGAAGGCAAACCAAACCAGCAGAUUAGAUUCACUCUAAGAACUGACAGUACUAAUUUAUGGUGGAGUGUAGAUGAAGAGACACAAAUUCACCUUUUACCUUCACCAACAACUGGCAUUCAAAUCGAAAAUAUGCUGGUUUUCAGAGCUUUCAUGUCCCUGCUACACUAGGUGACCUUCCCAUGUCUAACAUGCAAGAGCUCAACAUCUGCCACAAAAUCAGUGCCUACAAGUCACUCACUCACCACACACCUCUAAACCACACUCAUUCAAGACCCUUCUUGCCUCAGCCCUUACUCACAGUGACCAAAAGGCCAGAGCUCUCACAUAUACCCCAACCUACAUGACUGCUGGCCAUCAAGAGAAAAAAGAUCUAUACCUUGGCAGUAACCCUGUUUAUUUUCAUGGAUGCCAGCCCUUUGUUAAAGUGUGACCUGACAAACGUACUUCUCUCAGAGAAGUCUCAGAACCACACAGAGAUCACAUCACUGAGAUGUAUCAGACAGGUUCAGACAUGUUGGGUAAAACCAUCAUCGACUUCUCUGUCCUCCUCUCUGACUUCUAAUCAUAAAGGCAGACUUCUGCAUCCCAAUGAGCAAAAUGUCAGUCACAUAAAACUUCAGCUGCCAGACAAAACUGGUUGGAAAGUGUCGUAACUCCCAUUUCCCACAAGACGCUAACUCACCUUCUGUUCAUGAGGUAGUAAAGAAAAUGCAAUCAAGGGUGCACCUCGCUUGAAGUGCUCAACCACUGAGACAGGGACUUCAGAGACAUGAAGUGUGACAUACCAGCCAACCUGCCAGAAGAAAGCAGAAAACAAUCACGCAAUUACCCUUAAGGUCUCAAUAAUGAUGAAGCAUUUCACCAAAUAUGUUAAAAAGUCUCUCAGACUACCACAAAGCCAAUCCUCAGCCUUCAAGACGGCCCUUCACAGAUGCCUCAACUACCUAGAUUAAGCUUUUUCAGCUAAUAUCUCUGAUACCUCUUUGUUCCCAAUAUCACUCUUACCAAUGACUCAGUAGCUCCUCUAAUUCAGCUGUAGGCAGCACAAAACUAAUUAAGGUACUCAUGCCAACAGAAGGAGUAGAGGGGGCACCUUGGCAAACAAAAACAAAUUAUAGGGAUGCACAAAGGAAGGCAGAUACCUCAGCUCCUUCAACCUCUUUUUCUUCAAUCUCUUUAAAGAUGCGUCUCCUAGUAUUAAUAAAGUUCUGAAACUGAAAGAUCCGAGCAUAAUCUUGAGGGAGGUUUUCCUUAGGAUCCCAUGGAGAUGUCCGGAAGCUCUUGAGGCCUCUGUAUUUCUGAAAUCUAGAAUACAGAGGAUAUUUUAAAUAAAUCAAUAGUGAAACUUAUAUGGUGCUACUUAACCGUUUCACUCAACUCACUUCUAAAAUGGCUAAGGCUUAAAAAGAAGAAAAAAAAAGAAAAAAACAAGAAAAAUUUUUUUUUUAAUUUUUGAAAAAUAAAUAGGUAAAUAAAUAAAAUGCCUAAGGCUUUAGCUUAAAAGAAUUCACUAUUUCUCAAAAUAACCUAACAGCUUAAAUCAGAACCACACUCCAAAACAGCCUGAAACAAGUAUUUCAGCACCAAACCCCAGCUUCUUAAAAGUAUUUACAGCGGCUCCCUGGUGCGUAUCAGGGAGUGGCUCUUUAACCUGACUAGCAAGGUCCUCGAUAAAAGCCUUCUCUCUCUAAUAUCCAGCAUAAACUCUCUGGACUCACCUUUAGAGCAAACAGGAUCAUCUACAUCUUCAUUCUUUUAUUCUCACUGUUCUACCCAAACUUCCCCAAAUCUCCACAUGUUAUAUACUUUGAGUCUUAGCUCCAAAGGAAGCAUUAAUCACAGCAUUUCAUUCAGUAAUAUACUGUAACAUUAUUAGUCUGUACUACACAGUCUAGAAUAUGAACAUUGUUUCCCGUAUGUCUGUCUUACCUUCCCAUAUAGUAUUAGCCCUUCAGGAGCAAGAACAAUGUAUUUUUCUUCUUUCACAUCACACUGACAUAGU